AUGCAUUCCGAUAGUGUUUACCGGCUCGUUGACGAGCUGGUCGAAUCGAUCGGGCAACAGUAUCGUGCGCGCGUGGACGUAAAAACGGUGAAAAAAUGUAAAUCACGAGCAUUUGGAAUACUGCUCGGGAAACCAGAUGCUGCUUCCGGCGUUGUCGAACAACCCGUGCCAACCAGUGUGACGGAAUGUGUGCCGUCCGAUCCGCUGGCAAUGCUGGAAUGUCAUCACUUUCAGAUGCAGAUAACUUCACGGUACAGAUAUCAAAUUGAGCGUUGUGAACGGUUCGGGCGGUUGUUGGAUCAGAUCCGCACGUUUCAAUCCGGCGGUUGUCACGAGCUGCACGAAACGGAGCGGGUAUUGUUACAGUUUUUACUAUCGUUGAAAAAUUCCUCCACCGAUUGCAGUGACGUCCUCGCGGAGUCACCUUUUUUCGGCCACAGUAAAAUGCCGGCCGCACGGUACGGUCCUUAUCCGAUCUUCCUCCCCGAAGAUUUUCGGAUGGAUGAACGAUUGCUAACCGGAUGCUACGAUCAAAAGGCCAAUCCAUACUUGUUUCGUGCAACGCACGACGUUUUUACCACAAACAUUGCCAACAUAAUUGCCAACGAAGCGGACAGGCAGGAUCCGCUCCCGGUGGAGUGUUCCUAUUUCAGCGACAAAAUGGCAUCCCUGGGCCAUUACCAAGGUCCGUUUCGUUACAAUCUGCUUCGCGCGAUCCGACAGACAACCGCUGAACCUUACGAGCUGUUUACAAACUUCGACAUCGUUCAUGUUGGUAGGCGCGUUCGAGCGAUCGAAGAAGAAUCGUUAAUUUUCGGCAUGAACUGGGAAAACCUUGGCCAACGCUACAUACCGGGCGAGAAACCAUUUGCUUCCGAAUGUCCCGGUGCGCUUUUUCGGUUAAAUGCUGCGCGAGAAAAUGCCCUGGGGCAUAAGCUUCCAGAAAUGAAAGUUGUCUCCCGGUUGAAUUUUAUACGCGAUAUCAAAUUUCUCAUCACCGGCGUUAGUUCUAGCCUGUUCCAGUUCAAUGAAAGCAAUCGUUUUACGGCACUUGCCAACACUACCAUUGAGGACGUCAAAAUCGAAUCGAUUCAAACGUUUAUCAAUCAAGCGCUAGUGAUCGGUACCUGCUUUCGGCGUUUGCUAAUGAUGACGAGAAAAAAUCCCUACACGCUCGAGCUCAUCAUGGAAGGUUUCGUGUUUAGAGCAUUCUGUGAAAGUGUGGAGAACUUUCUGUGCUGCUACCGUGUGCUCGUUAACAGCUACGCGGGUGAAUCGUUGCUUCAGCUGCUGCAAAUGCUUUCCCCGGCGAAUGAACAGUUGCUCUCGAUGGCUAAACUGUGCAGCCUUCAUCCGGGCAAUGAGAGUGAUCGUGAGUUUCCGACCGGUUCGCUACUGCUCGAUCAUUUGUACCGUGAGCUGAUUCAGAUUACGCAGCCGAGCGUAAGCGUCUUCCUGCUGGCAACGCUGAGACGCUGCUGUCUCGAGUAUUUUGCGAUCUUUCAACGAUGGUUGUUUCACGGCCAGCUGCACGAUCCUUCCGGUGAGCUGUUUGUGCUCUUCGUCGACCAUUACCGUUCGAAUACAAAGCACUUCUUCGACAAGGCGUACUUUAUCCGGCGGAAAAGUGUGCCCGGCUUUCUGAAGGGAUACGCUGAGGAUAUUCUACUGUGCGGAAAGUACGUCAUGCUGCUAAGAGCUUUCCGGCCAUUGCACCCUUUGUUCACUCUUCGUCAUCCAGAGCUGAACGUUUGCUUGUCCUUUGACGAAAUCUCAAAACUGCGCUCAAAAUGGUUGCGGUACGUUGCACAAGCACGGCAACUCUGCGGACCAGCCGUUUCCGUGCGCGAACUGUACGAAACGAAACAGAACGAACGGGUCGAAUUUUAUCGCCUGGUCGAGGAAAACUUCCGCACCUACAUGGACCAGUGGCGGGUGGAGCAGGAAACGGAAGCGCAGGAACAGAAGCGACGGAAGCAAAAGCAGAUGGAAGAUUUAUUGGAUCACUUGAACGAGAUCCGUGAAAAUAAACUCAUGGCUAAGCGGAAAGAACUGCAAGACGAGAUGCAGCUCGAGCAGGAUCGGCUCGAGAUGGAAAAUAAGCGACUAUUGCGUGAAAACCUGGAGCUUACGGAUCGUGUAAAGAAGUAUACGGCACUGAAUACCAUGAUGGACGCAAAGCUGGAUGGAUUGCAUGCUGCCACGGUGGAGCUGAGCAUCGUGCCCAUGGUUACAAUCACUACGGACGGUACGGAUGGAGCGAGUGAUGAACCACCGUUUCACAGUUGCCGUGAUAGCCGGGCCAGUACGGCAAGCGUUUCCAUUUAUGAAGAUGCUCAGAAAUCACCAUCCCUGAGUGUGGAUUCAUCUCCGUACGGUGCCGAUAGUACGAGCAGCUGUAGUUCGGCUGCCAAGAGCGAUCUUUCAACUUCCGGCGCAGAAGAUCACGAUUGUACGGUCGUUGAGGGUCCAAUUGUUCCAAAACUCGACACAGCGUCGACAAUGCUGGAGAGUGAUCGCAUUAAUUCAAACGUUCCAACGGUAGAGACUGCAAUGAGCGAAGGUGAAAGAAACCGGGCAAAAGUACUGGGAUCAACGGUGGGUGUGUAUCUGAAUGAGGAUCAUGCUAACGCGAACGUAGAGCAGCUUGUAGUAGCAACGGCAAGUGCCGGAUUACGCAAGCUAACUGAGGCGCAACGUAACAAAUUGAAAAUAUUGUCUCAAGAGUUCGAAAUUGCUCCACCGGAAGAUGCAACCGGAAUGGACGUUAAUAGUAACCGGUUGGCCGAACGACGCAAAAAUCGGGAACGAAUACUGAUCAGUGAUUACACGAGUCGCGAGGAGACAAACUCGGAGCCACCGGCAAGCCAAGUUGAAGGGCAAGAGCUGACGGAACUACAGAAAAAUCGGCGCAAGAUUAUGAGUCAAGAAUAUAAUUUACUCACCGAUCGGGGCGCACCGGAUGGAACGUCCGGGCGUGACCCGAAUCAGAAGCCCACGAUGUAUUUGAAUCUUGAUUCGGACCGCGCUAGGAACCGUCGCCGUAUAUUAGAGUCGGAGUUUAACAUCGCGACCGGGGUGGAAAAUUUUCCCGCCUCACCAAUGUCGGUCGAUAGUGAUACGGUCGAUGAAGCGACAAGUCCUUCGGUUGCGGUGAUAACCAGUAAUGAGCACGACUUGCAGCAGGAUGUUAACGCAAAUCCGGUCACGCAGAAGGCGAAUGGUUUGAAGCUGGACGUACUGGCAGCGGCUGAUGCUGCGGAAAGGUUCGCUAUUGACAGACGCUUUGGUAUACCGGAUACUGCUGCACUGGAACUGGAGACACCGGCCAGUGCAAUGAAAGCGACCGGCGAACCGGCAGAUGGGCUUGACGGUGGGUUUGAUUUUACCCGGGCGAAAGCACUGGAAAGAAGAGAAGGAUCGAGUGCUUGUACGAGUUUGGUACCAGCUUCGGCGAUUAUUAGUACAGAAGAGCCACAAGUGGAGGAGGAAGACGACGAAAUUUACCGUGAAUUUGUCCUUGCGAUGAAGAAACAGAGUGCAAACUUUUGUCGCUUAGCGAUACCUUCCUCGGAGGAGGAGUCCGAACCGGAGCAGGAUUCCAAGGGCCAAGCGCUUGAAAAUGAGCUAAACAGUGUGGAUGUGCUUACCAUUACACGCUUCCUGCAGUACUCGUUGGUGAUACCCCUGAAAGCCCACAUGGAGAUAGUGAACAAUGAGAUAUUGAAGAUGUAUCUGUACGAUCUGGACAUACUGGGACAUUUCGAAAGUCUGCGUAACUACUUCCUGCUGAUGGAUGGUGAAUUUUCGACCCACAUCUGUGACAAUUUGUUCAACCGGUUGGAAACAGUAAGAACUCCGGAGGAACUGCUUAACUACCAGACGCUUCAUUCCAUUCUGGACGGUGCACUGUACUCGAGCAAUGCUGGAACCGAUCAAAACGCCAACCGACUAUCGUUCAUCGUGUGUCAGGUACCGGAAAAGUUUGAUCUUUAUUCGCCGAAUGUGUUUAGCAUGUUGAAUCUAAGCUACCGGGUCGAGUGGCCCCUGAACUUGAUCUUCUCCAUGGAAACGAUCGAACAGUACACGAACGUGUUUAAGUAUUUGGUAAAGGUGCGCCGGGUGAGUUACGUGCUGGAGGAUUCCUUUCAACUGCUAAAGGAAGCUAGCAAGCGGCUGGGAAAACCGUUGCUUCAUUCACCACAGUACGCACGCGUGCAGCUUAUCCGGCACAAGUUGUCCCAUCUGGUGAACGCACUCAAGAAUUACAUCACCAGCAGUGCACUGCACGCAUCCUGGGAAGCGUUCCGAGAGGAUCUGCAAGAUUCCACCGAAACCAUGGAAGAUCUGUUCCGGAAGCACCGUACAUAUCUGAAGCGGGUGAUCUUUCUCUGUCUUCUCAACAGAAGGAGCAUCGAGUUUUACAACAAUAUAGAGCAGAUCUUUCGCGUUGUGCUUCGGUUCUAUCGCCAUCUGCGGUCGAAGGAGUGGCGCUUGCAGGAACCACCGGUACCGGGAACGAACGGCAUGCAGUAUUACGUACAUCCACGCUACCGACAGAUUCUGGACGACGAGCUGGACUUUGAGAAGCUGAUCAAGUACACCAUCUUCCUGGGGAAUAAGAUGUACGACCAUGGGUAUCAGAAGGAAAUAUCAGAGUUCCUGCAUGUUAUCAAUAUCAAUGGUUACUACGAUGAUGUGAAGCCUGUUGUUAGUUAA